AGAAGAAGAAGAAGAUGAGGGGAUUUCCCACGGAUCCAUAUAAUUGAGUCUGGACUAACCGCGAAUAGACUCGCCAUACCCACUAACCUCGAAUCAAUCAAUGAAAUCUCAUUCCAGACUGCUCCACCUUCCCGAUGGGGUGCGCGAGAGCGAGUCCCGUCUUAUAGUCUUAUAGUUAUCCCAUCACGGAGUUAUAUAGAAGGAAAUGAAGCAAGUUUCUGUCUCGCAAUGCAUCUUCUUCCUCCAUGGCCGACCCCAGCACCUGCCCUCCGCUCACACCAGAGGCUGUCCGCACGGCUCAUUCUGUGAUCAAACCCUACGUUUACCAGACACCAGUCUUCACCUCCAAAACACUAAACCGGAUCGCCUCGACUCCAAACCCAGAUAAUGUUGGAGCUGCCAAACCAGUCUUCCGGCUGUAUUUCAAGUGCGAGAAUCUGCAGAAGAUUGGCGCCUUCAAAGCACGCGGUGCGUUCCAUGCCCUUCUGCGGCUCUGCUCUGAGAUGGGGAUAGAGGCCGUACGCACGCGUGGCGUGACAACGCAUAGUUCUGGAAACCAUGCCCAGGCCCUUGCGCUCGCUGCAUCGACCCUGGACAUCCCCGCCCAUAUCGUGAUGCCGUCGAUAUCGACGCCCUCCAAAAUCGACGGCACCCAAGCCUAUGGAGCCCGUGUUAUAUUUAGCGGCUCUACUGAGCCUGAACGUGUGUCAGUUGUACAGGAAGUCAUCGCAGAAACCGGCGCCAUCCUUGUUCCGCCCUAUGAUCAUCCUGAUAUCAUCCUGGGCCAAGGAACAGCGAGUUUAGAGCUCGAAGAGCAGGUGGUCGAACUGCUGGCCAAUCAGUCUCGCGAUCAUGAUACCCUCAAGAAAGAACACCCGCUUGAUGCGGUGAUUACGCCUCUGGGCGGGGGUGGGCUUUUGGCCGGAUCCGCCACGUACUUCUCCGGUACUCCGUCAACACGCGUCUUUGGUGCUGAACCCUCGUUCCAGGGCGGGGACGAUGGCCGGCGCGGACUUGCGGCUGGGUCCCGAAUCAGCGAGGUCAGGACGCUCACUAUUGCUGAUGGCUUGCGGACUCCGAUGGGGGAAAUCAACUGGACUGUCAUUUCUGACCAGAACAAGGUGAGUGGGCUGUUUGCUGUGACCGAGGAUCAAAUCAAGGUGGCCAUGAAGCUGGUGCUGGAGCGUAUGAAACUUGUCAUCGAGCCUAGUGCUGCCGUGCCCCUGGCUGUUAUACUGUUUGACGAGGAGUUUCGAGCCAUUGUUGAGAAGGAGGGUGGGGAAAAGGGGUGGGAUGUUGGUGUCGUCUUUUCUGGGGGGAAUACUACGGUUGAAGCUAUAUAUAAGCUGUAUGCAGAUUCUUAG